GCCGAUGGAGCCCUGGCAGGAGGCCCAGGAGCUUAGACUGAGCCAGCAGUUCCCUUCUCACAUGUUUCCUCAACAGGAACCUUCCUCAAGAGCCCCUGAGGAGUGGCAAGAGGCAAAAGAACACGAAGAACGACCCCGGAGCGGCCUUGAAAAAGCAGGAAGCCCCGGAGAUGUGUCCGGGACAAGAGCAGAAGCCCCGGCAGACGGCGGCACGGGGACGUUCCCAAGCGCUCCGCUCCGCAUCCCUCUGUCCAGGCUCCGCGAAAUAGAAGAGGAGCUGCUGUGUGCGGAUGAGGCGGACACUGAGUUCGAGUCUGGCGAGCCAGGGCCAGCAGCAGGGCCAGCAGCAGUGGCUCAACCUCCCGGCCGAGCCCCAGCCCCGGGGGACAGCUGGGGGCUCGGCGCUGGCGCGGGUCUGCGGGCGGCGCUGCGGGAAGGCAGCGCUCGCUGCCGCCAGCGCGAUUUCGCUGCGGCCGCCGCCAAAUUCUCCACGGCACUGGAGCUUUGCAGUAAAGGCUUUGCCACAGAGGACCCCUUCAAGUCCUCUCCAGAUGAUCUUUCUAGGCUUGCCAGCUGGAUCGAGUCAAAGCUCGUCAUCUGCUACUUAAAACUGGGGCAGCCUGGCCUUGCUCUGCAUCAUUCACACAGGAGCAUCAUUGAGAACCCCUCUCACUUCUGCAAUCACCUGCGCCAAGCUGCCUGCUUUCGGUGCCUGCAUAGAUACUCGGAGGCUGCCAGGAGCGCCAUGGUGGCGCAGUGUCUGUAUGUCCUGGCCGAAGGAGCGGGGCUGGAGACCAGUGACCUCCUCCAGCUGUACUGGCAGGCUAUGACUCAAGAAGCCCUCAGUGGAGAAAUCUCUUUUUCUGUUCUGUACACACCUUUUGAGAAAGAGGACAAGGCUGACAAAAUAAAGGAAGCCAAUAAAACCUUUGCUGAGAGGCACCCUGAAUACGUGCAGCACAUAUUUACAGAUCCUCAUGGAAUUCACCUGUUGCCAGAGAAGGUUGAAUCUCAUCCUGGCCAGCAGUACUUACUGACUCUGGGCUUCAGAAACAAAGAGAUUGGAAAAACCUUGGAAAAGUUUGUAACUCAAAGGCUGCCAAUCUUUCCAGGCCAGAAAAUAACUUUCAGUCCCAGCAUGGAGGAAGAAGCAGAAACAUUUUGGCAGAGCACUGGGAAAAGGAUCAUGGCAGCCGUGGCUUUUAUAGGAAGCACCAAGAUCAAGGAUGAGCGUGGCCCGUGUGCUGGGGCCAUUGAGCAGUUCCAUCACGCCAGCCUGCUCAGCCAUCUGCACAGAGGGGAGGAACAGGCCCAGGUGAUGACCCAGGUGAUGGCUGAGCUGGCAACUGUUCCCUACCUGCAGAGAGUCUCUCACGAGGAGGACAAGCUGCUGCAGUCACUGAUGGCAGAUGCCAUGGACAUCCUGGCAGGAAGAACUGGAGAGCGUGUGUGGACUAAAAUACACAAGGUGGCACUAAUUGAAGAGUACCUGAGGGAAGAAGAAGAGUAUUACUUAAGGACCCCACACAUGCAAAUACCUGGAAUGGAAAACAUCAGCUGGACUCCAAAUGGACAGAAAUAUUUGAGACUGGAAAACACAAACAUGUUCAUUCCCAACCCACGAAGCUUGGCCACAGGGCUAAAAAAAAGACGCAUAAUUUUUGCAAAAAGUUGAUUUUGUAGGUAUUUUAUAGCUAUUGGUAUCAAUUUGAUAGAUGUUAAUCUGAUUGUACUUGAUCUGAUUUUAUUAACUUGAUGUUGUAUAAAUUUAAAUUUAAAUUGUAGUCAAUUGUAUUUAACUGUAUAAAUUUAACUUCUAUUAGUUUAAAUUUAAGUGGUAUUAAGUAGUAUUUACUUGCAUUAACUUUAAGUUGUAUGAUAUUAAAUUCAGAUUGAAUUCAUUUGUAUUUACUUUUAGUAAUUUUAAGUUGCAUGAAUUUAAACUUAUAUUGUAUUAAAUUGUAUUUAGUUGUAUAAAUUUAAGUUGCAUUCCUUUAAAUGGUAUUGAACAGUAUUUACUCGCAUUAACUUUAGGUUGCAUGAAUUUAAAUCCUAUUAAAUUUUAUUUAAUUGCAAAAAGCAAAUUUUAUCAGUUUAAAUUUAAAUGAUGUUAAAUUGUAUUUACUUGCAUUAACUUUCAGUUAUGUGAAAUAAGGCUUACAUUGCAUUAAAUUAGAUUUACUUGAAUUAAGUUGUAUAUGAAUUUCAAAUUAAAUGUUGUAGACUUUUAAGCUGUAUUUGUUUAAAUGUCUGUUGUAGUAAAUAGUACUGAAUGG